ACAGGUUGGUGUUGUUUUCAGUCUCGUAGGCUGCAUUUUGCGCGUGUCUGUAGAGUCAGCGCGCACACAGGUAAUUAAGGUGCAGUCAGGGCUGGGGAGGCUGCGACUUGGUCAGAUGGACGUUUUUGCAUUUCGUCCUACGUCGGUAAACUGAACACCCUCGGGACCACUCGUCAGCAUACACAACCAUCCCUUACUCGUUGGAAAACUCAGGGUCAAGUCCGCUCUCCAGACUCCCAGAGGUGAGCCAAUGAGAGUACAUUCCUUGUUCGUCCCAACCUCAAGCAUGGAACUUUGGACGACCAACAAACCCCCUAAAUGCACUGCGGCUGCCAGGUGCAAAUUUUGGGAGUACUCGGCCCUGGAGGGAAUGGGCCGGGGAGGACCUCGCGGCCAGACGGUGAAGCAAUCAGGUAUGUAUGUACAUCCCGUCUCAUGCGUGGCAUGUUCCAGAAUUAUUUUAGUACCUGAGGCGCGGGACUUUGGAACCAAUGUUCGGCGCCGCAGCGGCGGCGUGCGGCCCAGGCUGCGGGGCCCGUUUGCUGGCAGAGCCGGGAUCCACCCCGAAGGUCGCUUGGAUUGUGGUAGGACUGUCCCGGGGCCCGGCCCGGCCCGGCCCGGCCCGGCCCGGCCCGGCAACCAACUAACUAACCGUUGCCCGUGCCACACCGCCGAGCUAUUCCCCGAUGGUGUAACUACCUCAACGAUCGGGGCCUCCGAGUCUGACAGGCAUCGCAACACCGCUGAGGCGGCUUUUGGGCGUCCCCAGGCUGAACUUAGCCAUCACGAGCAGUUGGCCUGGCCUGAAACGUACCUCGCUAUUAAGAAUAGCCAAGUGGCAGAGCUGCGGCGGCGGCCUUAGUGGGCUGUGGUCCGAAAAUAGUGGACAAACUAAAUCCCCC